GUGAGCCUAGGAACACGCUUCCUUAUUAAAUAAUAAGCCAUUUUUAAAUAAUUAAUAAGCCAUUUUUAAAAUAAUUAAUAAGCCAUUUUUUGUAUAAGCCAUUUUUGAAAGUUAGCAGUUUACUUAAUAAAUCUGCUAACUUUUUGUAUGUGUCUGCACGUUUAAUUAAUAAGCCAUUUUUUAUUAAUUAAUUCAGAUUAUUAAUUAAUUAAGAAGUUAGCAGUUUUUGAAAGUGUGCAUAGGAAGUGGUGAGAUUAUGUAUUUGAUUGACUACACACGUUUAGUGCAGAGAAUAACUUCAAGUUUGUUUUCAAUUUCCCAUUAUCUGCAUGUCCUUCAUUCUUAGUCUUUGUGUUUUUUAAAUUAUAUAUUAACAAUCAUGAAGAGAUAUUUGAAAUCUAACCUUUCCCCUAGAAAAAGCCCUAGAUUUAGUAACAAUCAUGGAUUGAGUCAACCUCCAAGCUUCAAUUUGAUAUCACAAUCACUUGAGAACGAUUGUUUGGAGAAUAAUGAAAGUGAAAAUGUUCCUAUUCAAAUUAGUUCAACCAAGCAACAAGAAAAAAAAAGAAAAUGCAGUAGUGUUGUGUAUACAUGUUCGGAUGAUUCGGAUUCAGAUUUUGUGCCAGAAUCAAGUUACAUUAAGGACAAGAACUAUAUGAAGGGUGAGACUUCUAGAGCCCCAAAUCCAAAAAUUAAGGUGCGCGCGAAGAAGUUCAAUUUCAGAAGUGGAAAAGUUGUUCCAAAGGAAAAGAAGAAAUAUACUCAUUGGUGUUCCUACACCAAUAUGGAUGUUUGUGAUGACAUUAGGAAUCGUCUUAACGACCAACAAUUUCUACAGUUUAAGGAAUCUCCUUUUGGUUUAUUUUUGGACAUGCCACAUAUAAAGGUUCAGCCACAACUAUUACGCAGCCUUUUGCUUGUUGAAACAAAGAAUGAUAGAGAUGAUAUGUUCAUUGUGAAUGUAAAUGAUACUGAGCUUAAAUUUGGAAUUAGAGAAUUUGCUGUUAUCACUGGGUUAAAAUGUGGUUUGGAUAGUGAUUUUUAUUCAGAUCCAGAUUCUCCAAACAGGCUGCUCGCACAGUACUUUCCUGGAAUAAAACAAGUUAGAAAGUCGGAAUUUAUUAAUGCUUUUAAUGCCAAAGAUUUUAUAGAGCCUGGAGAUGUCUUCAAAAUGGCAUUGGUAUACUUUAUUGAGACUUUCUUACUUUCUGCUGAACCAAACAGCAAUUUUGUAUCGAAAUUGCACUUUGACUUGGUUGAAACUGGGGAGUAUAAAGAUUAUUCAUGGGGGAACCUUUGUUUUCGCACACUGCUUAAAAAUUGUAGCCAUAAACUGGGAAAAAAUCCAUCAUCAUUCAAGUUUGGUGGAUUUCAUCUUGCCUUACAAAUAUGGUUUUAUGAGUGUUGCUCUAAGGUUGAUCGUUCUGUUGCAACUCGCAUAUGUACCACCACUCCGCGGAUACUCAAUUGGCGGACAUCUGAUUCGUUGAUUUAUUUUGAAUUCUUAAAGAAUACAAUGUUUAGAAAAUACGGAAAUCAGAUCAAGUUUUCAAACAUAGUACUGACAGAUGUGGAGCUGGCUGACAUGGAUCCUUCAAUCAUGCCAGAAAGCACAAAUAAUCAGGAUGAAGGGGUUAAGAUGGUUUUAACUGAUGAAGAAAGAUAUUUAAGAUUAAAGAAUGAAAUUGUGAAUGUCCGGGAAGAUUUGAAAGAUUUAAGGACAAAAGUUGAUGAUCAUAUAAAGGAUUUGAAAGCUUAUAUUGAUGAUUCAAUGAAGUUGCUUAUUGAAGAAUUCAGAUCAUCAAAACAGAAGUCAAGUGAAACUCCAACCCAUGAAAAGUUUUUCCCAGUUCAAGAUGUUGAACAAAAUCAAACAGUUGAUACUUUUGGAAUGAAAAAUUCAGAUACAGUGGCAUCAGAAAAUGAGGUAGAUGAUUCUUCUGGAAUGAAUUUGUCAGAUACAGUUUCUAAAUAUGAUGUGCCGGGAACUUCGUCUACUAAAACACCAACAUUGGAUGAUUUUCCUCCAUUCACAGACACACAAAUGGUUGCAUUGGAUCCAAUACUUAAUGAAACAGUGACACCGCAAUUGCAAAUGCGAAUUAAAAAUUCAGGCAAGUAUGAUACAUCCCCAUAUGUGCAGCUACCUGAAGGUGGAAAUAGUUGUGAAAAGAGGAUGAUUUUUUCUAAUGCUAAGCAUCCUUUUGAAAAGUUUAAAGGGUUUGAUUGUUCUGCUGAUUUGAUAAAUAAGUUUGUAGAUUGGGUGUAUCAGAAUGUAUCACAGAGACGAAAUAGGAAGUCUGCAUACACCGCAGUGUAUGAUAAGUUGAAGCCUGAACUUGAUCUAGGAAUUGUAAAAGUAAAGAAAAUGGAUUGGUUCCACAUAAUGGUUCAUGAUGGAAGACCUUGGGAAGAUGAGCAUGUUGAUGUCAUUAUGUACUAUUUACGGAAAAAGGAUAAACACUCUACAAACAUUCGUACUAGAUAUGUCACCACAGACUCUGUUUUUAUGUCGUGGUUGUUGGGAGCUGAAAUAUUGUGGGAAGAAUCAAAUUGUGAUAUGAGUUCAAUAUCUCCUAACCAUUGUGUUGGUCAAUAUAUGCGGGGUUACAAUUUGAUUGCCAAUAUCCCUUGGGAUAGAGUUGAUAACAUCAUCAUCCCUGUGAAUGUUAGUGAGUGUUUUCAUUGGAUUCUUGUAGUUUUUCGCAUAAAACACAGGUGUUUGUACGUUUAUGAUUCAAAGAUGGGUGAUGAAAAUCACACUAAAAUGGUAAAACAGUCUGUUGAGUCUAUUGCAAGAAUGAUACCGUUGUUCUUUAGUAGCAUAGGCUAUUAUGGUAAACGUUCAGAUAUUCAAUGGCAUAUGGAACCUGCUUAUUUUGACAAGUCAGAAAUGGAACCACUUGAAUAUAAGAUGCAAAGGAACAUCCCACAACAACAUCCUGAUUCAAAUGAUAGUGGACUUUAUGCAUGCGUAUUUGCUGAACUUAUUACACAUGGAGUUUUUGAAAUUCCAAGUCAAUGUUUCAUGCCAAAACUUCACCGUAAGAGAUAUGGUGCAUUACUUUGGGAAUAUGCAACAUCAAAACUUAGUCAAGGUGCUAUAAGUGAAGGUGAGGUGAGUGGCAAAUUUGCAAGCAAAUUGGGUGAACCAAGUAUUAACAGAGAUAUUGUUAGGGAUUGCCAGAAGUUUCAGAUGCCAAAUCCUACACCAAGAGUCUACAAAUAAAUAUGAUGGAUUAUGGCAUUUAUUUAAGUUUUUUCAUUUUAAAGGAUUAUCUGUCUUAUAUUUUUGGUUUUGAAUAUUUCUGGAUGAAGACGGUAAAUGUUUUUUUUAGUUGGUGAUUGUGAACUUGAUUUCUGGCAGUUAGUAUAUGGUAUUAAAAAAGAUUUGUGGCAGUUUUAUUUUUAAAGUUUUGAUGAAAACUAUUAUGUAUUAUUUUUAGUUGUGGAUUGUGAAUUUAUAUUUGAUAUAUAAUCACUAGUGUACAAAUUAUUUUGUAACGAUUCU